AUGUCCGCACCAUGCAGUACCUGCCACCACUUCGCAGACGGCCAUGAAACCAGUGUACCGACCGCGGACUUCCUUGCUUCCGCCCGCAGUUGUCAUGGAUGCUCUAUCAUUCUGAAGGCUCUUGAUGCUGUUACCGAUAUCCGACGACCAGAAUUCAAAACUAUCAAGAUCAGGCGCAAAGAGGCGGAGGACCAUUGGCACUUUUUGGACCCCAAGAAUGUAUUGCAUGUAAAAUGCGAGCAGGUGGAUGCGGAGGAAGACUCUGCCAUUCCAUGGCUCGGUCUGCGGAAUGGUCCAAAGGAUACGUACCGAGAACAGUCGAAUAACCUUGAAGAUCGCUUGAAUGAAGCGCGCAUCUGGUUCGAGGAUUGCAAGGCCAACCAUCAAUGUUGUGUACCGCGCAAAGACGGAUGGCCACGCCGCGUCCUUGACCUCGCGACUGACUCUCUUCAGCUUUUGAACAGUGCGUCAAUCGAAUCAACAUCAUCGCAACGACAGGAAGGUUACGCAUGUCUCAGUUAUGCAUGGGGCACGACCGGGAACCUCAAAACGCUAACAAAUAACUUACGAUCCCACAUGCAGGGUAUCGAUAUCUCCACGCUCCCUCGUACCCUGGUCGAUGCUGUUCACGUCUCCCGAGCUUUCGGCUUACGGUAUCUAUGGAUCGAUGCGCUAUGCAUCAUCCAGGAUGAUUUGCAAGAUUGGACGGACCAGAUUCCACGCAUGUCAUCUAUCUACCAAGGAGCCGAACUCGUCAUCUCAGCGCAAGGUGCGUCUAACGUCCAUGAAGGGUUUCUCUCUCUAGGUGCAGCUGCGAAUGCGCCCCUCAAACGUAUCGAGGUACCCUUCCGCAUGCCAGACGGAACUUCUCGCACAGUUAAACUCUCGAUUCGCGAGCAAGAGAAGAGAUAUCAUGACGUUCCAGCGCACCAUUCGUCUCGGCCCAUGGUGGAUGACGAUGUUGACAUCGAUGAUGUUCUCGUUCCUCUCACUACUCGCGCAUGGGUCUUCCAAGAGAGUUUUCUCGCGCGCAGGAUUUUGUAUGCUACGCCAUCUGAACUCGCUUGGGAAUGUAGCAAUCACAAAGGGUGUGAGUGUUGCAUUCCUACAAGCGAAGACGCCACUCUUACGGCUAUAAAAGUCGAGGAUUACGGAUCCAUACGAACCCUGGGUCAGAUACUUCGUGCAGAAAGUCUUGGGUCGGCCGAUCAACCGCUCUCCAACAAAGAGAAACUAUGGGCUGAUGUAGUGCGCAAAUACUCAGAUAAGAAGCUGACCAGGUGGACAGAUCGCUUGGCCGCGAUACAGGGUGUAGUGGAAGGCUUGGCCCAAACCAUGCCAGACAAGUUUAAGACUGAAGACUACCUAUUUGGACUUUGGAGGCCAAAAUUGGAAAACUAUAUGCUUUGGAACCGACACCCAAGAACUCCAGGAGAUUCUACGAUAGCUGCGACAUUGAGAGAAAUUGCACCAUCGUGGUCCUGGGUGACAAGUGUUGGAGGGGUGGGGUACUAUGAUUCCGUUUUCGAGCCCGAUGCUCAAACAUACACACAAGUCAUACGCGUCAAGCGGGAGGAGUCCGACACUUCUGAGUCCAGCGUGUUUGGGGCGGGCCGCUGUACAUUGACGCUUUUCGGCUUUUGUAUCCCGGUGCAGCAAGAACCGUUGUCUCUAAAACUCCGACAGGAAUGUCCCAUGGAUGAGGACGAUUUGGAAGUGCCCUUCCUCUUUCCAGAACGUUAUGCAGCGGAGUGGAACUAUGGUCCUGCAGUCAUCGACAUGAUCCCGGACGAUCCGACCGAUAAAACUGUAUUUGGCCGCGCUACACAUUUUGCGCCCCUGGUCAGUGGUCAGAGAGAUAGUGACAACCCGAAGCAGCAGUUUCAAGGACUGUUUCUGGAGAUGGUAGCAGGCCCAGAAGAGGAGGAAGAACCAUAUGAGUGGAGUUUUCAAGGCGACACUCACACGAUCAAAUUUGAGGGCACCUUUAGAAGAGUUGGGUUUGGCUACGACUAUGUCUCACAAGUACAUCUUCACUGGGAUAGUACGGAAGACUACGUUGGUAAGGUUCGUGCGUUCAAACUUGUAUGA